UUGCUGCGUGCCUUACUGCUCGUCAUAUACGGGAAAAUCAAGACUUGACUGGCAAGCCAAGUGUGUCGUUCCACGAGUUUCCUGUGACCGACAUUAGAGAAGCAUGGAUCAAAGCCAUUUCACGCGAAGGUCCCAACAAGACUCUGUGGCAGCCACACGAGACGGCGAAGGUGUGCAGCAUCCACUUCAAGCUGGAGGACUACAAGGAGUGCUUGAAAGGGCGUCGCUUAAAGCCCAAUGCAGUGCCUUCCAUCUUUCCGGGAUACCCUGCCUACAUGCAGCGCUCCGCUGAGUGCAUCAGACGGAAGGCUAGCACCCUACCGCAGCGACGCCUUUCAGAAGCUUUUCCUACAGUUUCGACGCACCCACCCAGGUCAAAGAAACGCCUCCUGUGCAAUAGCUCUGAUGAUACAAAGCCAUCUGCGGAAACCACUUCGACAACCAGUACGAGCGAAGCUGCAGACUCUACCAGCCUUACAGCUAAGAAGCCUUGCAAAAGAAAAAACAUGGCGAUGAAAGAACCACAUACCCCGCCCAUAGAGCCGACCACACAGCAAACCCUUGAGCACGUGCCAGCCUCAAAAGAUGCUCGGGCUCCCGCCUCUACGCGGCCACUGGUGGUCAGAGUGGCAACAUGCAAGCAGUGCCCUCCAGUCACAGACGAGUGCAGUGCUUUGAGUGGACUGGAUGCAGAUUGCCUAGAUGAACUCAGGACACUUGGGACACAGACUACAAUGACCGGAGUGACAAUGUCUGCCUUGUGCGACGAGAUAAGGUUGCUCAAGCAGAGGUGCCACGACUUGCAAAGCCAGCUCAACAAGGCACAUGCUGAAAACUGUCAGUUAAAAAUGAAGAUUCGCUCUAACCAGGGGCCUUGCGCAUUAUCUGUAUGAAAUCUAAUGCUACCAAGCUACCUUAUCCAGGCCGCUUUAAAAGUACACACUCUAGCAAGACUUCUCCACAGUCUGGCCACAGGAAUGUGGUGAACGCAAAGAUUUGUGUGUGCUUCUGAUACCGACCAUGGUGGCCCAUGCGACAACUGCUC